AUGGUAAAAAAAAGAAUUAUCAAAGCAAUACCAUUAAAUUUUGUACAAUCUUCAUUUGGAGUAUCAUCACAUUCAUUAAAAUACAGUAAUACAUUUAGAAAUACAAAUAUUCACUUACCAAAUGUGAAUCAACAAAAUGAAAUAAAUAAUAAAAAAAGAGUAUCAAUUAUAUAUAUGCACGGAUUAUUUGGAUCAUCAGAUAAUUUUAGAUUAACUAAUAAAUUAUUAGUAGAAAAGUUUCAUAUAAAUGUAGAUUUAUUUUCCUUGGAUAUUAGAAACCAUGGCUCAUCACCACACAGCAAAGAAAUUAGUUUAAAACAUAUUGAAAAGGAUUUACAGUAUUUUAUAGAAAGAAUAGUAUUAAAUAAUAAAAAAGAAAAAGAACCCAAUUCAAAAAUCAUAUUGGUAGGUCACAGUCUUGGUGGCAAAUCAAAUAUGUUGUAUGCAUUAAACAACCCAAGUUUAGUUGAUGGCCUAGUUUGUAUUGAUGUGUCACCAUCAUGCUAUGUUGGAGUACACAACCACGACUCAAAAUUUGAAGCCAUGAUCGGAGCAUCCACAUUAUUUGAUAAUCCCAAAACUACAAAAAAUGAUAUCGAUAAAAAAAUGCAAGAAUUCAAUUUAAACAAAGGUGAAAGAUUAUAUUUAAUGAACAACUUAAUAGAGAAUGACAAAAAGAAAUUCCAAUGGAGAGUUAAUGUAGAUACCCUUCGUGAAAAUCAAGAUAAACUUUUGUCAUUCCCAAAAAUAUCAACUAAAAAACAAUUCGAUAAAAAAGUAUUAUUUAUUGGUGGGGGUGACAGUCAUUAUUUAAAAAAACCAUUCAGAGAUUCAAUUCACACAUUUUUCCCAAACCACGAAAUCAAUCUAAUACCCCAAACAUCUCAUUUUUGUUUUGCUGAAAAGACCAAACCAUUCAACGAAAUUUUAUAUUUAUAUUUAAAAAAUAUAAUAAAUAAAUAA